GGCUAGCAUCCAGCAUCAGUUCAGCUUGAAAUCUCAAAGUAUCUCAACUCAGUUCAACCUUCAAUCUAAUAACUAUCAAAUCCAACCAAAAUGAACUUCACAAAGCUUUUUAUCGUAUUCUCUAUUCUUCUUGUUGCCUUCGCCGGACAAGGUGAAUCAAGGAGUUUAUGGAAGAAAAUCUUUAAGCCAGUGGAAAAACUGGGUCAACGAGUUCGUGAUGCCGGUAUUCAAGGAAUCGCAAUCGCUCAACAAGGGGCCAAUGUUCUAGCCACAGUUAGAGGAGGCCCACCACAAUAAUUGCUACGAUAGAUUAGUUAUAGCAAAUUAUUUAUUCUAAUUUUAUGAAAUUACUCAUUUAUUAAAUUUUGUAAACAAAAUAUAUUUUUGUUUAUUUAUA